UUGAAAUUCUUCAAGUCGGUAUUGGCCCGUUCGUCUAACGGGAACUCUUAUGCGGAGCGUUACCAGGUCUUCAGACAGUCGACACCACGCUUGUGGACCGCUCCGAACACUGUAUCGCCCCAUUCAUAAGCCAAGAGUUUCAACUUAUGCACGCUGUUCGAUGAUAAUGAAAAGAAUCGUUUGUGAAAGUAGCAUUAAGACGAUGUGCGUAUAGUGGUGUUGAGUUCGACGUACGUUUGAAUUUGAGUUCGUCGAAUCGAGCUCUGCAGAAUCCGAGAUGAUAAAGCCGAGAUUGCUGCUGUUGGUAAGCUGCGCGUUGGCCGUUUCUCAUGGACAGUCAAGUGGGAGAGUGAGCUUCGAAGAUUCGGAUUCCCACAGUCGACAGAAUCGAGAUGGACCGCAGUUCGACCAGUUCCACAAUCAGGGGUCGAACGACGCUCCCGUAUUCCAGCAAGGUCAUCCCAGGAACAACACCAGACAAGGGAAGGACCUUCUCGACUGGAUAGGUCUCGGUACGGGACAAAACGUGGAUCCUUAUCUGGCGAGGAUGAACAGUGCUUGCCUGAACGGCGACCUCGCCGAAUGUUUCAAAUCGAGGGCCUUGAGUUCCUUGUCGGAAUUCUUCGACCAACCGGAAUACAAUCUCAACGGCAACGUAAGGGUGGUUCGAAUGUCCAGAGACAUCGUCCGAGAGGUCAGUCGCCAGCCGUACGAAUACUCCAGCUCGGCGAGGAGCGACGAUUCCGAAUGGGAUCAGCUUGUGAAAUUCGCUGCCAGGAAGGCGGAAAAGUUUGUAAAAACUGUAGCAUUCGAGGUCGAGAUACCGAGCGAAGUUACCGGAGACAACGAGGUCUACGCACCGAGGUUCUUAGACGAGAUCGCCGACGAGAUUGACACAAUUGAGAACAAGAAGGAUACGCAUUUCUCUCGUAUUCGUCUGAAGAAAUUGCUCAUCCCAAUGCUGAUAAUCUUGAAACUCUUCAAGCUGAAACUUCUGCUAUUUUUGCCCCUCAUUCUUGGUUUGGCGUCGUUCAAAAAGUUCCUGGGUUUCAUGGCGAUCGUCAUACCCGGUUUGAUUGGUUUUUUCAAGCUCUGCAAGCCGCAGGUACAAAAUUAUCAACCUCCGGUCUACAGUCAAAGCGGGGUUGGUUUUCCCCCAUACUAUAAAGAGAACACGAACAGCUUCAGCCACAACGAUUAUCACGAAAAUGAUUAUCACGGACAUCACGGAUCUUCGCCCCCCGUCUCAUUCGGUCAAGAUCUAGCCUAUCAAGGAUACAACAGGGAUUACGGAAAGUGAAUCCUCGAGCCUUAAAAAAACGCGUUACGCGAAUCGUCGGGAAAAUAUCGCGACAUCGAACCACGUGCGUUCUCAGACGUAAUCUUAGUUCAAGUUUGUAAGUUUGUUGUUGUUAUUAUUAUUAUUGUUAAUAUUAUUAUUACCAUUAUCAUUCGUCUCGAUCGUUCGAUCGGUUCCGAUAUUUUCAGACGAAGUCAUUCCAUUUUAAAUUAUUUAUCUCUUGUACAAUCCACGUACUACGUAUAUUAUUUUAAAUUACUCUCACCAUCGCGUGUAUACCCUUAACUGCAUCAUAUAUGAAACUAAGUCGUAUUUAUGUGUAUAUUUGUCAAUAAAUAUGUGUAAAUAUUUUUUACGUAA